GUCACUUUAAGACAUUAUUGGCGCACUGAUAAUAAAGUAGGCAGUGGGACCUCGCAGAAAACAACAGCAGCUUCGGCAGACUUAUGAUAAUUAACAUAUCUAUAAGGAACAAUGCCGGUGCCAGAGCAGCCUGCGGAGCAGGAGAAGGGGGCCAUGGUUCCCCCUGUCAUGCCAGCCUCUAAUGGAGAUGGAUCGGAGACAGAGACCACCUCCUCCAUCCUUGCAUCUGUUAAAGAGCAGGAGCUUCAGUUUGAGCGUCUGACCAGGGAGCUCGAGGCGGAGCGUCAGAUUGUGGCCACUCAGCUGGAGAGAUGCAAGCUGGGAUCAGAGGCAGGCAGCAUGAGCAGCAUCAGCUCUGCAGAUGAGCAGUUUCGCUGGAAUGCUCAAGCGGAUGGACAAAAGGAUAUCGAAGACGAGUUGACCACAGGUUUGGAGUUGGUGGAUUCCUGCAUUCGUUCUCUCCAGGAAUCAGGAAUACUCGACAGCGGAGAACGACCGGCUCUUCUUUCCCAGAGUUCCUUGCAGCUCAACUCCACCCCGGAGGCUUCGCUCCAGUACUCUGCCAGCUACCAUAGCAACCAGACCCUCGCCCUUAGCGACAGCAUCUCCGCAGCAACCCCUCAGCGCAGCGGGCAGGUUGGGGGGGCCGUGCACAGCUACAACCAGGUGACAUCUAGUCGUGUGGCCCAGCAGCAGCAACAACAACAAACUGGGGCAGGGUCAGGUAUCUACUACUCCAGCUCCACCUUGCCUGCUCAGCGUGUCAGCUCUCCACUGUCUGGAGGAGGAGGGGGCUCAGGGUCUGGCUCCCCCAGUAAGCUCCAGCGCCUGGGAUCAGCCUCCGACACACCAGGCUACGCCACUACUCAGCGCCUGCCCUCCUCCUCCUCCUCCUCUUCACCAGGAAAACAAUCCCCUGCCAAUCGACUGGCCAAGUCUUACAGCACCACAGUUGCUGUGACAACAGCAGGAGGCGGCGGCUCUCCCUUGAGGGUGGCAUCUCCACCCAACUCUACUGCAGCAGGGGGAGGGGCCAGCGCAUCAUCAUCACCACUUCACCAGAUGAGUUCGGGCAUAGGGAGCUAUGCCACUCUCUCUCCAAAACGGCUGGCAGCUCACCACGCCUCUGACCAGUACAAGAUCUCCCACGAGCUCUACGCUACUGCUACACUGCAGAGGCCUGGCAGCCUGGCAGGCUCACGUGGCUCCUACAGCAGCCAGCACAGUCAGGAGCCCCUUCGACCCUUGGGGUCCCCAGAGCACCAUAUAGAUCCCAUCUAUGAGGAACGUGUCUACCACAACAAGGGUCCUAUGAGGAGCCUGAGCCAGGGCCAAGGGCCGGACACAGGCCCCUAUCGCAACAACACUGCUCCCUCCUCCCCUGGUGUCGACUCCGCCCCUUUGCAGCGCACAGGAAGUCACGGCACAGGGACAGGAAACUACAGCCGCGGGGGCGGGACCAACAACUACGCCACAGUGGGGCCAGGCUACACCACCAGCGGAGGCGGAGGGGGGGAUAUGUACGGCUCCGACCCCUACGUGGCGGACCCGUACCGCACUCUGCAGUACUGCCCCUCAGUGGUGGAAUCACCCUACAGCAAGUCGGGACCGGCCCUGCCGCCCGAAGGCAGCCUGCAGCGCUCACCCUCUAUCGACUCCAUUCAGAAAGACCCCAGAGAGUUUGGGUGGAGGGAUCCGGAGCUGCCAGAGGUGAUCCAGAUGCUGCAGCACCAGUUCCCAUCGGUGCAGUCCAACGCUGCUGCUUACCUACAGCACCUCUGCUUUGGAGACAACAAGAUCAAAGCCGAGAUCCGUCGCCAGGGCGGUAUCCAGCUGCUGGUUGACCUGCUGGACCACAGGAUGAGUGAGGUUCACCGCAGCGCCUGCGGAGCCCUGAGGAACCUUGUGUACGGCAAGGCCAACGACGAGAACAAAGUGGCCCUGAAGAACUGCGGGGGGAUCCCUGCCUUGGUCCGCCUGCUGAGGAAGACAGGAGACGUGGAGAUCAGAGAGCUGGUCACAGGGGUGCUGUGGAACCUGUCGUCAUGCGAUGCUCUGAAGAUGCCGAUCAUCCAAGAUGCCCUGGCCGUUUUGACUAACAGUGUCAUCAUACCCCACUCAGCCUGGGACUCCUCCCCCAAUCACCAUGACGACCGCAAGCUCCACCUCCAUACCUCCCAGGUGCUUCGCAACGCCACAGGCUGCCUCAGGAAUGUGAGUUCAGCGGGCGAGGAGGCGAGGCGGAGGAUGAGGGAGUGUGACGGCCUGACAGACGCUCUGCUCUACGUCAUCCAGACCUCUCUGGGCAGCAGUGAGAUCGACAGCAAGACCAUAGAGAACUGUGUGUGCAUCCUGAGGAACCUGUCCUACCGCCUGGCUGCCGAGACCUCCCACAGCCAGCAGGGGGGGUCUGAGGAGCUGGACGGCCUGCUUUGCGAUGCCAACGGCCGUGACGGAGAAAGCUCCGGCUGCUGGGGCAAGAAGAAGAAGAAAAAGAAGGGUGCUGACCAGUGGGAUGGCGUGGGCCCCUUCCCAGACACGGCGGAGCCACCCAAAGGGGUUCAGAUGCUUUGGCACCCCACCAUUGUCAAGCCCUACCUCACCCUGCUGUCUGAGUGCUCCAAUCCUGACACCCUGGAGGGAGCAGCCGGGGCUCUGCAGAACCUGGCUGCAGGCAGUUGGAAGUGGUCGGUGUAUAUCCGAGCUGCAGUUCGUAAGGAGAAGGGCCUCCCCAUCCUUGUGGAGUUACUGAGGAUAGACAAUGACAGGGUGGUGUGUGCCGUGGCCACUGCUCUCCGAAACAUGGCACUGGAUAUCAGGAACAAGGAGCUCAUCGGUAAAUACGCUAUGAGAGACUUGAUCCACCGGUUACCAGGCAGUAGUAGCAGCAGCAACAACAACUCCACCAGCGGCGGCACCUCCGGGACCACAGGCCCUCCCAGCAAGGCCAUGUCAGACGAUACAGUGACCGCCAUCUGCUGCGCACUGCACGAGGUCAUCACCAAGAACAUGGAGAACGCCAAAGCCCUGCGUGACGCUGGCGGCAUCGAGAAACUUAUCGGCAUCGCCCGCAGCAAAGGAGACAAACAUUCAGCCAAGGUUGUGAAGGCAGCAUCUCAGGUCCUCAGCAGUAUGUGGCAGUACAGAGACCUGCGUUCCCUCUACAAGAAGGACGGCUACGCCCAGUAUCACUUUGUGGGCUCCGCCUCCACGAUAGAGAGAGACAGACAGAGGCCCUACUCCUCCUCGCGCACUCCCUCUGUCUCCCCUGUCAGGACUUCCCCCAACAACCGCUCUGCAAGCGCCCCAGCCUCCCCCAGGGAGAUGAUGAGUCUGAAGGAACGCAAGAUGGACUACGACUCCACGGCAACCAGUGCUGGUUUCCAUAGCAACAAAGGAGAGCACACUUCCCGGAAAGACGCCAUGGCAGUUCAAGUGUCCUGUGGGACGUCAACGUUGUUCCGAAAUUCUUACUUGACUGCCAGUGACGACAUCAAGCAGAACCAGGCCCCGGCCCAGCCCUGCGUCGUACCCCCCCAGCCCCAGCAGGACAGCCCAUCAGCAGCCGUGCUAAAAGACUACGACCCCUACCCUCCCCCUCCCUCAUUCCCCCAGCCGCAGCCGCCGCAGCCUCCGCCACACAGCCAGAGCCGGAGCUUCGACGAGGCCUACUACGAGGACCAGCAGGGACCCCCGCCUCCUCCAUCCCAGCCCCAGCCCCAACCCCAUCCGCAGCCCCAGCCCCAGGUCCAGGCCCAGGCCCAGCCUCAGGCCCACCCCCAGCAGCCGCCAAGCUCUGCCGGGCCGCCCCGGGACCCGCGGGAAGACCUGCGCAUGCAUCUGGGCCUCAAGUCCACUGGGAACUACGUAGACUUCUACUCAGCCUCUCGGCCUUACAGCGAACUGAACUACGAGACCAGCCACUACCCGGCCUCGCCUGACUCCUGGGUGUAGUUAGGCUACGAUGAGGGGGGGCUUGUAAGACAGAGUCUGCGUGUGUGGUUGUGAAAGGGAUUAUUUUCGCAAGUGAUCAGCAGCAGCUUAGAGCAAAGUGAACGCCAGUGGUGUGUUUAAAGAGGAACUUGUUGUAAGAGGAAGGAAAUUAAGGCACUCUAAAAUAAGGGGAAGACAGAACAAGCAGCAGGGUUAAGAGGUGAAGUCAGGUCGAGUGACGAUGAGAGACUGUGCAUGUGCAUGCCAACAUUUUCUUCUUUUUUUUCUCUUUCUUUUAAUUUCCAGGCCGCUUCAUUUGUUCAAAGUCAGCUCCACUGGACCGGUGAGUGGAUAAGGAGCAGGUGGGAGCAGAUAUGAAGAAGCCUGUUUGA